AUGUCCGUGACACGUCCACGACACGUCCACAGGCUGGCAGAGGCCGGCAUCGCCACCACGCUCAUCGCCGACGGCGCGAUCUUCGCGAUGAUGGCGCGCGUGAACAAGGUGAUCGUCGGCGCGCACGCCGUGAUGGCAAACGGCGGGCUGUACGCCUCCGCCUCGUGCCACCUCCUCGCCAUCGCAGCGCAGCACCACUCGGUGCCGCUCGUGGUUUGCGCCGGGCUGUACAAGCUCGCGCCGCUCUUCCCGUCCGGCCCAGAGCAGUACAACUCGCUCCUCUCGCCGCAGCCGCUGCUGCCGUACGGAGGCGUCGACGAGGAGGCGCAGCGCGUGCCUGUGCACGUGGUCAACCCUGCCUACGACUACGUGCCGCCCGAGCUGGUCUCGCUCCUCAUCACAAACAUCGGCGCCAACCACCCCUCGUACAUCUACCGGCUGCUGCAAGAGUACUACCACCCCGACGACCACGACCUCUGA